ACGGUCGAGACGACAGCAUCGAACCGGUCGUGGAAAAUCGCGUUCUCGUUCCCACUUGGCCAUUCCUAUGACUUCUUGAAUCUUUCCCGUUAAGAAACAAAGUCCAAAACCCUAACUUUGAUUAAUCCCAACAAGAAACGUCCCAACGCAAUCCACCUUUUUCUUUCUCUCUUCUACGUCUUCCUCCGAAUUCUUAAAUCACUACACAGAACAGAACUCCCCAAGAUAAACCGACUCCCCGGUCCGACCUCGCCAUGUCUUCCUCGACUGCCCUCUCCUGAUCAUCUCAGUCAAGAAAAGGGUUCGCGCGAAAGCAAAGGAAGGGUGGAAGAGAAGGAGAGUUGGCAGCCGCCGCGAGUCUCCGAUGGAUCUCUUCACGAAGACCGGGGCCGUCAAGCUCCGGAGUCACCUCGACAAGUACCUCGUCGCCGACGACGACAGCCAGAGAGCCCGCCAGAGCCGCAACGGCGCCUCCGCCCGCGCGCGCUGGUCCGUCGAGCCCGUCGAGGGACGGGGCCACCUCAUCCGCCUCCGGAGCUGCCACGGACGCUACCUCGCCGCCUCCGACGAGCCGUUCCUCCUCGGCAUGACCGGGAAGAGGGUCCUCCAGGCCUCGCCCGAGGAGGGGUCGUACUCCAGCUGGAACUUCGAGUGGGAGCCCGUCCGGGACGGGUUCCAGGUGAAGCUGAGGAGCUGGUGCGGCAAGUACCUGCGCGCCAACGGGGGCCCGCCGCCGUGGAGGAACUCCGUCACCCACGACGACCCCCUCGCCGGAGGGACGACGAAUUGGGUGCUCUGGGACGUGGAGGCCGUUGCUCGGAGCACGGAUGCGGCGGCGCUCGAGGACUACGCGUCGUCGUUUUCGAGCUUCUCAUCGUCCGUCCUUGAUGGGGAUGAUCGUGAUGAUGUGGCGGUGCGUUCGGACGUUCUGUCGCCGAAGGCGGUGGCGGUGCGUUCGGAGGUUUGGUCGCCGACGGCGGUGGCGAUUGCUCCAAGGAACAAUGGAGGAAAGCAGAUCUCCGGCGCCGGCUACUGCCUCCUAUCGGGCAUGGAGUUCUUCCGCAACGCCAAGGUGGUGCGCCUCCGGAGCCGCCACGACAAGUACCUCGUCGCGGAGGAGGACGAGGAGGGCGUCGUGCAGGCCCGCGACGGGUCCUCCCCCAACGCCCGGUGGUCCGUCGAGUUCGUCCUCAACUCCGACUCCGUCGUCCGCCUCAAGAGCCGCUACGGCAAGUACCUCACCGCCUCCAACCAGCCCUUCCUCCUCGGCAUGACGGGGCGCAAGGUCAUCCAGUCCCUCCCCCGCCGCCUCGACUCCUCCCUCGAGUGGGAGGCCGUGAGGGAGGGCACCCACGUCAAGCUCCGCACCCGCUACGGCCACUUCCUCCGCGCCAACGGCGGCCUCCCCCCGUGGCGCAACUCCGUCACUCACGACGUCCCCCACCACACCGCCACCCAGGAGUGGGUCCUCUGGGACGUCGACGUCAUCGAGAUCGAGGUCCAUUCCCCCACCGCGAUGCGCCCCGUCGAGCCCCUCGACCACUUCGACUCCUCCCUCGGCUCGGAGACCGCGUCGCCGUCGUCCUCAUCGGCGAAUUCCGGGCGAUUCUCUAGGCAGGAGUCGAAUGAUUCUUAUGUUGGGUCACCCCCAAAAAUUGAAGGGAGGACCAUAUACUACCAUAUUGCCGAUGAAAACGGGAAUGUCGAAGGGGAAGAUAUGGAAGGCUAUUCGUUGAACUUCAGGGGGAACAAUGUGGAGGAAUUGACUCGGAAGUUGGAGGGGGAGACGGCGAUGCAGGGCAUUAUCGUGUGCUCUCGAAGCCCAUUGAAUGGGAAGCUCUUCCCGCUUCGCUUGCAACUUCCUCCAAAUAGUUCCACUAUGCAUGUCGUGGUUGUGCCACCCUCCUCGACAGUGGCUGGAGACUUCAGUAAGUGAGGGAUUGCGAAGCAGUCGUGGAGCAGGAGUAUUGGGCAUACAAAAGUGCUCUACAGAUCUAGAUUUCCGUACGCUUUGAUUGAGUUCUGUUUUUAUGCAGUAUUGACCCAAUUUGUUGCCUGAAAGCCAGAGAAGGAAAAUAUUCCAAUGGGCGAAAGUAUCAUAACAGCACUCUCCAGUCUCCAUCACCGGCCAUGAUGUGUGCAAUUUCUAUCAGCCUUGGGAAGUUUUAGAGAUGCCACUUGGAAACUCUUCUGUUCAGGUUUAUACAAAAUUCUUUCAAUUGUUGUGUGAUUAUAUUUAUGCGCGGUCCUAUGUUGAUGUAAGAUGUUUGGUCUGGAUUGCUCGGUCGUGAGUACCCUGGUAUCUCCGUUGUAUUGUCCGACCAUUUGUACAAUUGCAUAAGAGGUUGUUCUGUAA